UACUCUGGUUAUAUCGAUAAUCUCGAGACGGACGACCAUUUCUUCUUUUGGUUCUUUGAGUCUCGUACUCUACCCAAGAGUGACCCCACUGUAUUGUGGUUGAAUGGUGGACCUGGUUGCUCUUCAAUGAUGGGUUUGUGGAUGGAGUUGGGCCCCUGUCAAGUAUCACCUUUUGGAAAUGAAACAUUUGUAAACCCCUACAGCUGGAACACAUUGGCUAAUGUGAUAUUUUUGGACCAGCCUGUCAAUGUUGGUUACAGUUAUGGAAAGUCGAAGAUUAGAAGCACCAAGGAAGCAGCACGCGAUGUGUACGCUUUCCUUCAGCUUUUCUUGAGCGAAUUCACCGAGUAUGCAGAGAAUCCUUUCCAUAUCUCUGGUGAAUCUUAUGCCGGUCAUUAUCUCCCUGCCAUUGCCACCGAAAUUAUUGAGAAUAACAAGGAUGCGGGCAAGCACGGUAGAGUCCCAAUCAAAUUUGAUUCGAUGUUGAUCGGCAACGGCUGGACAAAUCCUCGUACUCAGUUCAAAUAUUACCAAGAAUUUGGUUGCACUAAGAACGGAGAAGUUGGCCCUAUUUUUGAUAAAAAAACAUGUCAAGGUAUGGUUGACACCUAUCCCCGUUGCAAGUCCCUGAUGGACACUUGUUACAAGCAUCCCUCUGCUUUGACUUGUAUUCCUGCCACUCUCUAUUGUGAAAAGACCCAAGCCGGACCCUUUGACAAGACAGGCUUGAACCCUUAUGAUAUUCGCAUGGAUUGUGAGGGUGACAGUGGUCUCUGCUACAACCUGAUUGAAUCUAUUGAGAUCUGGGCCAACGAAGACAAGGUCCGCGCUGAACUUGGCGUUGACCCCAAGGCCGGGAACUACACAGGCUGUAGCGAUUCGGUUGGCUUCCGCUUUGGAAAGACAGGUGACAACGCAUUCGACUUUUCUUCAGAUGUAGCUCAGACUCUGAUUGCUGGUGUUCGUGUUCUGCUUUACGUCGGUGACAAGGACUGGAUCUGUAACUGGAUUGGAAAUAAGGCCUGGUCUCUAGAGAUGGACUGGCCCGGAAGAACUGCUUACAAUGAAGCAGUAGACCACCCAUGGCACAGCUGGCUUACUGGUGAAAAGGCUGGCGAAGUGCGUUCUGCAAACAACCUCACAUUUUUGCGUAUCUACGAUGCCGGACACAUGGUUCCCUAUGAUCAACCUGCCAAUGCGCUCGACUUCUUUGGCAGAUGGAUCAACCAUAUUCCCCUCAGUUUCUGGACUGAUUAA